CCAGUAUUUCACUCGUUCCAUUUUUUUGAUAAAAAAAAACAAAUUUUUGAAACUAACUUGUUCUAGACCUAACCUCUAACUCAAGGCGUAAACAUAAAAAAAAUAGAUUGCCGGUUGUCGAAUAAUCGAAAAAAAUGUUCUAUUUCGUUUUGUAACCUUAUUUUGAUUGAAUGGCAUUAAUUGUGUCCAAAACUGCACUAAGAAGUGCAAAAUGAAACGGAAGCAGUAAUUUUUCAAGGAUUGACUGACGAGUAAUCUAUUUUGUGUAUGUCUGUGACACUCAAGUGAGGUUAUGUUACCAUGGGUCGUGUCAAAUCCGAUCAAAAGCAGAAAAGUUGGAGCGAAAUUAAUAAAACCCGGAAGGAAGAGAAACGAAAAUGGAAGGAACAAAAUCUUGUCAGGAAAAUGGAGAAACAGAAAGUGAAAGAAGCCCCAAAAUUGGAGCAAAACAAUGGGCGACAAGAGGAGCCCCCCACCGUUUCAAUUGCAGUCCCUGGGUCGAUUCUCGAAACGGCUCAAUCGCCAGAACUACGUGCAUAUCUAUCAGGGCAAAUAGCCCGAGCGGCUUGCAUUUUCCAAGUUGAUGAAAUUGUAGUUUUUGACGAUUUUGGUGAUGAAGCAACUGCGAAAAAGGCAGAAUUGGAAGACAACUACGGACUGAAAACAAUGCGGGAGAGUUGUGUACAAUUGGGGAGAAUUUUGCAGUACAUGGAGUGCCCCCAGUACCUCAGGAAGCAUUUUUUCCCAAUCCACAAUCAUCUGAAAUUUUGUGGAAUUUUGAACCCACUUAAUGCACCACAUCAUUUGAGCAAAGAUGAAGAGUUUGAGUAUAGAGAAGGCGUGGUUUUGAACAAGCCGGUGAAGCCUGGACGGGGCUCAAUCGUGAAUGUGGGGCUACUCAAAGAAGUACAUGUUGAUAAAUUACUAACACCCGGGAUCAGAUGUACUGUUAAAUUAUUACCACAACAGGAAUCUAGUAAAAAAUUGAAAGGAGUAGUUGUGGCACCCUCGAUUCCCAAAAUCGAAACGGGUGUUUAUUGGGGGUACACAAUUAGGCUAGCUAAUUCCCUAUCAAAAGUCUUUUCACAAUCUCCAUAUAAGGAUGGUUAUGAUCUAACUAUAGGCACUUCAGAUAAAGGAACCUCAAUUGAUGAAUUUCAAUGCCCCACUUUUAAACAUGCCAUAAUAGUUUUUGGGGGGGUUCAAGGACUAGAAACGGCAUUAGAGAGUGACAAUGUUCUAAAUGUGGAUGAUCCAAAAUUUAUUUUUGAUCAUUAUUUAAACACUUUACCCAAUCAAGGAUCCAAAACAAUUAGGACUGAAGAAGCUGUUUUAGUGACCUUAUCGGCCUUAAGGCCCAAAUUUAAUUACAUUGUUUCUUGUGCUGAAUAAAUGACAAUUCAAUUUUA